AUGGCUUCCGCUGCACACCGACGACCAGAUACCCAGACCCCUAGCGGGCAAGAGGGGGAAGAGGCCCAGUCCGCUAUCGUAAUCUUACGAAGAACCCCCCUCCCUGUUGACAUUUACGAGUUGACCGAGAUGCUACCCUAUGGAGAAGUCCUUCUUCCAUACUCGAAAGACUAUGACAGAGCAAUCACCAUCGACAACGACUGUUUCACGACGUGGUUAAAACCUUGUGCCGUCGUACUACCUCGCAACGCAGAGGAGCUUGCACAGAUCGUGAAUUUCGCGCGCGACAAACGAAUUAUUUUAACCAUAAAGAGUGGGGGACACUCAACGGGCGGCUACUGCCUCAAUGAUCGCGGCAUAGUUGUCGACCUGAGUGCGAUGAAGAACGUUCGGAUCAACGAACAGAGUACCGAGAUAACGAUGCAGGCAGGGUGCGUCUGGGACGAUGUUUACGCCUUACUUCGAGGAAAGGAUUCGGCGAAUAUGGUUGUGGGUGGGUUAUGCCCAACUGUUGGCGUAUCUGGUUUCACACUCGCAGGAGGAGCCAGCCCUUUCUCGCGCAGCUAUGGCCUAGGAAUCGAUAACGUUCUUGAGAUGACGGUCGUUACAGCUGCAGGAGAGGUGGUGACGGUCCGACCCGACGAUGCAGAUCCACUGCAGCAGGAUUUGUUUUGGGGUUUAUGUGGCGGAGGCGGCGGUAACUUCGGCAUCGUCACCGAAUUCAAGUCGCGUGUGCACAGGCUCUCGAGCCCAAAUGGUCUUUGCACCUUCGGCACUCUCACCUGGUUUUUAGGUGACAUAGAGUCUCGGCUAAGGUUCCUUGCGAUGAUGCGUUUAUUCGAUGAACUUGCCCCCAGUUGGCCAGAUGAGCUCUGUAUGGAGGCGGUCUGGGUUUACGAUGAGGCGCCACCAAGGCCAAGACAGUUGAUCGGGCAGCUCCAUGUCUUUUAUAACGGUAGAAAAGAAUCCUGCAGUGGUCUCAUCGCUCCUUUGCUUGCUUUUGACCCCACCGCAUGGUGGCCCGUGGAAAUGUCGUGGCGCGAAUGGGUGGAUAGGCAAGAAUCCGAUCCUGCCGGGAGCAAGGGGUAUCCUCGUUACUCAUCCUUCAUUUUCGAUUCUAUCCGACGCGGACUUGUAGAGUCGAUCAUGGAUAUGAUGGAUUACGCCGAAAAGCUCCUUGCAGGCGAUGGAGGAUAUGCUCGCUUCAUGUGGGCCCACAUCGGUGGGGCCACUGCUCGAGUAGGCUCCUCGGACACACCAUUCCCAUGGCGAAACGGUUUAUACGUCUCCAGGCUCACACUCCGAUGGGGCAGUUCGAGUAUGGAGCAAAGCGUGCAGGACUUCACUGAUCGGUGCAGGCGAAACCUUUCGCCGUUCGCUCUAAAAGAAAAGGCAGCCUAUCUUAAUUUUAUCGAUGCCAGUCUCAACGACUGGGCAGAGGCGUGCUACGACACAAACUAUCCUCGACUCCAAACGGUCAAGGCCGAAUGGGACCCUGCCGACUUCUUCAAGUCCCCGCUAAGCAUUCAACUUCCCACUUCAUGGGGCUGGAUACGCAAACGUUCAACCUCUCAUCAGACAGCUUCAACCGCCCAAGCUCCCGCCCAGCCCGACCGUUCCUCGCGGGGUGACCCUACGAUUCCGGAGAAGUAUUGGUUGCCGAGCAUCGCGAUGAUCGAGGGUUAA